CUGCAGUGGGCGGGAGACCAGGAGGAAAGAGUCUGUGGAGCAGAGGGAGCUGUAGACUGAGGGGUCGGUGCUCCGUCCCGGUCAGGUGAUGUCAUGGCGCAGCAGAGAGUCUUACCCCAGAGCAAGGAGACGUUGCUGCAGUCCUACAACAAGCGCCUGAAGGACGACAUCAAAUCCAUCAUGGACAACUUCACCGAGAUCAUCAAGAGUGCAAGGAUUGAAGAAGAACAUCAAGUCAGCCGCUCGACCCAAGGAGAGCAGGACAACUACGAGAUGCACGUCCGUUCGGCUAACAUAGUCCGAGCCGGGGAGUCGCUGAUGAGGCUGGUGUCUGAUUUAAAGCAGUAUCUCAUCCUGAAUGACUUCCCCUCUGUGAACGAAGCCAUCAACCAGCGCAACCAGCAGCUCCGCGCCCUGCAGGAGGACUGCGACAAGAAGCUGAUUUCAUUGCGGGACGAGAUUGCCAUAGAUCUCUAUGAACUUGAAGAGGAAUAUUACUCCUCCAGUGUGUGUGAGCCGAGCGACCUCCCGCUGUGCGAAGCCUACUGGACUAGAGACAGUCUUGGCUCCUCGCCUCAGGAUCCUUCCACCAUGAUGAUGUCGGCAACAUCCGAGAACAGUUUCAUCCACAGUCAGAUCCAUGGAUCUCCACAUGUGAACGGACAUGGACUUUCAACGCCUCUGCAGAUUAUUGCACAGUGAGUCCUUCAGAGAGCUGCUGUGAUGGCUCAUUAUAGCUUUCUUUUAGACUGAUACUUUAGCGAUGAGUGUUUGAGGUGUCGGGAAAGGACAGAUAAGGUCUGCAGGACGCCAUCCCACGCUGAACAGGCCGUGAACCUUGGCUGUUAUGUGUGCAUAUUGAAGGAUGGAAUACCACGCUACUAACCUUGAUGAUAUUGGGUCACCACCCCAUCAGGGAGCACCGGGUCUUGUUUUUGAGUGGAGCCCGCCAUAUUUUUUUU